AUGUUCACCGCCGCCAUGGUGUUUUUGCCACUUGUAACGUUUUUCACGGUUCAGUAUUUAUUCAGUGGUAAUCCAUUAGUCAGUGGUGGCUCUGCAGCUGUUGCUGCAAAUGGCGUACUCAUCGCAUACAUCGUUGUCGCCUUCUCUGAAGACACCUCUGACGAAUCAUCAGAGAAGAGUGAACCCAAGAAGGACAUCUACAAAGACAUUGCACAGAAAAAGGAGGGAUCGCAAGGCGGAGAUGCCCCACAAGCCAAGGAUAACGAAUCUGAUCUCAUGGAGAUUGAUCCUGAAGAUGCCUCAAAAAGUACAGAGUCCAAGGCUACUACCAAUAACGAUGCGCAGCCUCAAGACGCAGUGAAGGAGGAGGAGGAGCAACCUAUCGAUAUAAAGGAUUCAUUUCUCCAAUUCCUCGAAGAACUUGGGUAUGAUGUUGUCAAUCAGUAUUGGUCAAAGGGUAUAAGAUUCUUUCAUGGGGACAUUGUCAUUGAGAUAUUUAAAAUAUUCGUGAGAGACGACGACCCAGAGGCAUCAUCGGCCGAUCUGGGCAUCAAGCUCAAGCUCUUGGACGAGUCUAAUACCUUCCAGAUCAAAGCAUUUAUCAAUUACCCUAAAGGCACCAGUGUUGACCUAAUUAAUCAGGGAACAAAGAGCUUGGUAAAGAUAAAAGAGCUCUUGCACAAUCUUUUUGAACUAGAUGUUCCCGACAGGAUGUUCAUGGAUGCUCGUGUUAAUAGAAACAAGUAA